AUGCUUAAAAUAAACAAAAAUUUUGGUUUUGAACAAAGAAACUUGAAAAUGAUUUACGAUCAACCAAAUAAAAUUAGACAACAAACCGGAGGAGGGAACUGUGUUCCUGACCGAUACAACACAAUCAUCUCACCAGCUUAUACAACUAUCUACAAUUACAUAAACGAUUGCAAGUCUGUUUUUCCUAGAGAUGUUUCGACUGUGAUGCACGUUGAUAACGUGAAGAAGGAAGUUAUUAUCGCAAUGAUGAAGAUUGGACGACUACGAAGACUAAUUCGCCAUCAAAAGUCCGCUACGAAAAACUAUUCCUCAACAAAAUCUUGGAUCCUGAUCAUCACCAACAUCAGCACCUCCCCUCUUUUCCUCAAUCGCUACAGCACUCUACAACUUCAACAUCAACACCCCCUGCUCAUCUACCUAACACUAACUCCCAAAAUUGCCCCAUAUCAUCGUCCACCCACCAUCUACAUUUUGAAUGUCACUAGCAUUGUCAAGCCAUAUGCUAUUGAGCAUUUGAGAUGUGAUGUGUAUCAUUUUCACCAUGACAUCAUCAUCACCGAGUCAUGGCUUAGGCCAGAUCACCCUGAUGGCGGCGUGGAGGAGGUUGUCAUCUAUUUGAAGUCAUCCAUUUCAUCUCAAAUUCACAUCGUUUUGCCUCAUGCUGUCAAUGAUGCACUGGAAACCCUUUGUCUUAAGUGCGUUAUUGACAGUGAACCAUACUUUAUCUGCGCCAUCUAUCAUUCCCCAAAUCCAUUAUACGAAGUCUUCUCCUUGAUGGGUUACAUCGAUGAACUCUCCAACACUGCGUUGGUGAGCAACUCAAAAAUUAUCAUUGUGAUGGCUUUAAUCAACUCGACCAUAAUUCCUUUCUUCAAACAGGUUUACAUCUUAUAUUCUGGGGUCCCACCCACGAAGCCCAUUCAUCAAAUAUCUACUUCGCCAAUAAAUAAAUUCAUGAAAUCAGGUCUCAUCCUCAAAGCUGCAGCGAUCACCAAAUACAUCAAAACACUCAUCAUCAACUUCAGCUCAAAAACCUUCACUAACAGUCAAAACCUUGACAAAGUAUAUGGGAUUAAUGUAAACCAAGUUAACAAGAUCAGAGGCUCUGAUAAAUCAUUCAACACGUCAACCUUACCGCAAAUUGAUGCCAGCACACUCAACACCCACCUUGCUUCCACGUUUUCAAACAUUUCACGCCCUCAAAACACUCUAUCAUAUGAUCUCAGAGGCAUCAAAUUAUUCGACUUCCCCGAAUCACUUAUCAUCUCAAACAUCAAAUAUGCAAACUCCCUCCUGGCUGAAUGCAGACAGUCUGCCACUUUUGUACUCUCCCUUAUUGUUUGUGACUUUCCCGCUGGACAGGAAAUAGUCAUCCGCUGCGUAUGUCUAGUUUUUGAGGUUCAAUCUCUGAAUCUUACCAGCAACUAA